UGAUUCUGUGAAGUGGUAACUCUGUGAUUCUGUGAUAUUAUUAAUUUAAAAAAAAAAAUGCAGCAAACAUUUCCCUAGCCUCUACAUCUCAGUUUUACAACAAAUAAGUGUGUGAGAAACUCCCAGCACCCCAAAGUGCAGUGGUUUUUAUAUGGGACUGCACACAGUGCUUUGUAGCUAAGUGCAUUUGUGUGGGGAACUCUUAAAGAGAGUUUAUAUUUGCAGUAUAUCAGCAUUUUCAAAUGGGGUUCUAUAAGAGCAAGGAUGCUGCUGUGUCCUUAUUUUGAAGAAGAUAAUACUGAGUAGCUGUUAUUACAUAAAGACAGUAACAUAAGCCAUUACAUAAAGCUAAACAAACCUCAAUGAGAGGAACAAUCUGCAGAGCAGUGUUGCCUGAAGUGGUCACUAUGAGAUGCAUGAGAUCUCAUCAUUUAUCAGUUGUAUGGCUUUUCACCUCUGCUCAGAGGCCAUGUGUCGGUCUUGGGUGCAGAGUUUCUGCCCUAAACCAACAACGAAUCCAUGCACUUGAAACUGGAGUGUGGCCCUUACUGAAUAUGGAAGCAAAAUCUCAGGUAUCAGUUCUUAAUGUUGUCCUCGAGACAGCAGGUAUAAAUGGUCAUCAGAUCACAUAUUCAAUUGAAUGUAUCCAGCAAGACUAUUGGGUGCUAUCCGUAAUGAAAAAAAACAACAACAAACCUUGUCUGUUUCUUUGUCACUGACACUAAACCUCAUGCCAUGGCAGCUCUUCUCAGAGGAAUUACCAACAUCAGUCUUGGUAAUGCCUGAGACACACCUUGAAGGCUAUAAGCCCAGUGAUGUUGUUCACUGCUGGGAGCAAUAAGGCUAAAACCAGUGCCAACAGCAGGGGGAUGGCUGGGUGUCACCCUGGGUGUGUUGGCAUCCUUCUUACAUGACGUCUUUCCUGAUAUUGGGCCCUGUGAAAGCCCUGCCACCUUUCUGUAGCCCUGUAAAUCUCCAUUGUGUCAUGCUUGAUCUCAUCAGGACUUCUUAAGAAUGUGUCUGUUCCCCUUUCUCAUUUUUAAGAGAAGACAGUGAUGAUAAUCUUCACUGUCAUCACUUUCCCAGCAGCAAUGUCAUGAAGUCACUGAUACCAGUUGUUUCUGACAUAGCAAUUACCUCAUCAUAGGCCAGAAAAUGUGUCCAUAUGUCAUCAGACACAUACGUGCAUCUAAGCGCAAUCCAAUGAGCUCGUGAAUUCCUGCAGUUGAGCUGAAGGGCAUUUCUAACCCCUGGAAAUACUGAGUGUCUGAGAAGAAAUAGGUGGCCUGCCAAAACCUGUGUCAUGGUGAAGUUAGCAGAACUUGAGCUUAUCCUAGUAAAGCAGAUGGAUAACCAUAGGUAUAUUGAGAGGUAUAUUAAUCUGUGCUGAUUAAAUCAUUCAUUAAGAUCAGUUGAGUGCAUUGAAAAUUAAACUGUCUUGCGCCUUGAAUAGGUAUCAAUGGACACAUCAACUAAAGUCAAACCAAUUGAUGUCCUGGAUAGUUUGUGCCCAUGGGGUUGGGAAGGAGAAGUAACCCCUUGGACCUAGUCCUGCAACGUGUGGUCUGUACUGUUUGUUAGGAAAUGUGAAGACUUCACUUUGGUUCCAGUACACCUCAAGAAAGAAAGCGUAGUUGAUUGUUUUGUUCUCCAUGCUUUUUUGUUACAUAUUUCAGUACCUUUUGUUUCUUUAUGUGGUUCUUGUGUGUCUGUUUCUUUCCUUAAAUGCUGUUCCUGUCUGUCUUUUCUCUUCCAUUGUCCCACUGUGCACACUUUAAGCUUGCUAAUGCUCCUUGCUAGUUCCUCCUGCCAGGGUCUUCAGCACUGCACUAAGUACUGCAGGGAAUGGAGGGGUGCCCAAGAACAACAACAACCCUGGCCUAUUGCUUUCUACUCAUCUGCUGAGUGAGAUUGUUUAAAAUGAAGAUCCUUCUCCUACUCAACUUCUCCAUUUGGGGUUUUCCCCGAAGCUUCCCAGAAGCAGAUGGCGCUUCCUGGAGUUGUGCUCACAGACACUGCACUCUCUGCAGUGCUGCCUCAUGGCAUUGGCUGGAUGAGUGCUGCCUCCAGAACUGAUGGUAUUAAGGGGAACCCAUGUUGCGGUUAUUUCGCUCAUCCAUUGUCAAUCUGCAGACAUUAUGCAUUGUGCUUGAUCAAGGUGUAUCCUAAGGAUGUGAAUUCAUUGCAAGGACAAAAGAGUAUUUUCUGUUCUAUAAGGUUUAGCCACAGAAUUGAUCUUAGGCUGUGUCUAGAAAUGCAACUUGGACCAGUUUAAUUGAUCCCAUAAAGAAGAAGCAUGCCUUCAAAUAGACGCCUUUCUCUGCCAGCACUGUACCAGCUUCAGUGAUGACUUGUCUGUUCCUGGGCUUUAGGGAUGGUUCAGGAAAGCAUGCAGGAGUCUAAAAUCCUCCUGGGAGCAGAGACUGAGAUUGAACAAGAUUAGAAAUGCUCUGUGAGCAGGCUUAAUUACAGGGAAAAAGCUAAAGAGAACGUGUGGCAUUUGCUGCAAGACAGAAGAGAAGCUUUUUUUUUUUUUUCGAAUACUUCUAUUUUUAAUAACAGGAGUACUGCAAAUUAUUGAGUAUCUAGAAAACAAGAUGCCUUACUUUGAGAGGAGGAAGGGAAAUUGUUAUUACUUGGUUUAAUUAGGGGCUUGUUUAACUGGUUUAACUUGUUUAACAAGCUGACCAGUACUCAAGCUGACCGCUUUCUUUGAUAACAUACAGAAUAAAGGAAGAAGAGACCAGGAAGUGAGGGAGGGAGCAGAGCAGAAGAAGGAAGGAGUGGGAUUAGAGAUGGAGACUUUGGCACUGUAGGAAGAGAAGCGUGUAUUGAUCCAGGGAAACAAUGUCAGCAUCCACAGGGACUGCAGGGAUGGAGGCUGCUAGGAGUCUUGCAUAAGCAAUUAACUUCAGGCUCUGAAAUAAACAGAGUGUAUGGCGGCUUUGGUUAUCACAAAUCCAAAUACAAACAUCUGUUUUCAUAACAGUUGGAAAGUUCUGUUUUAAAUGUAAGAUGUCCAUGCAGCCUUCAGUGUGAGUUCCUGUGAUAGCUGUGGCUCAACGGUGCCGUUUCCUCCAUGAGCAGUCCCUCAGCUUCCUGCAGUGAGCAGACCUGCCUGUGCCCACACAGACUCCUGUAGGGAUGGAUCUGGCAACCCUGUGCCUUGGGUUUCCUUCCAGCCUCCUGUGCUUGCUCCUGACCAUUUGUUUUCCCUUUAGACAUGCCACUAAGUGCUCCCGUGAAAGUGAUGUUAUCAAUAUGAAGACUCUGCACCCUGAACUAAACCUGUGCAAAAUGUUCUUGGUAACAUUAUGUUGCUCCAAAGAGCAAAUCCUGCAAUCAGAAUAUCAAAGCUGCAAGGGAAAAUGCUUUUAGAUGGCUUGCUCCUGUCCUAACGCUUUUGAAACAUUUUUAGACGUGAUCUUUUCAACGCUACACCAGGGGAUUUCCACUCCCUUGCUGAUUUAAAAUGCUCGUACUGUUGUUUUAACCACAAAGCUCACACUCGUGCACGCUCGCUCUCUCAUUCUCUCCUCGCUGAGGAUCGGCUACAGAUUUCAGGUACAGUUCUACUAAAACAUGUCUCAGUAAUGAUGGCAGAAAUCUAAUGCUGUUAGAAUUGUCAUCUGUAAGCAGCUGUGCAGGUGUGUGAGUGCCACGUGGUUGUGGUAGAGGGCUUCAGAGCCUGAAAGCUGUCUGGAGCUGAGCUCCCCUGCUAAGCUGACAGCAGCAUGGGGCUGCAAACAGAGAGCUCUGCAAGUGCAUGGAGUGCUGAAGGGGGAUCAGGAUGGUGGUAAAUCAUCUAUGUACUGAUACAGGUAGAACUGAGUGACAAAUGAAAGAACUGUUUGGUUCUGGGGCAGGGUGGUCUUAUAGAGAACGAUCUGCACAAUGUUUUCUUGUGACCAUCAGUAUUUACUAACUUGAAGCAUAGCUAUUCAGAAAAUGUGGGAUUUCUGGAGUGUGGGGGGUUUCUUUUGACUUUUUGUUGUGUUUUUUUUUUCAUGUGUGUGUGUUUUUCAAAUGACUAGAUUAUAAAGUAGCUUCAUUAGUUGGUUCUUCUUUUUUAAUGACUCUUGUGUGUGGCCUCUCAGUAGCGUUAGGAAGAAAAUGAAGUUCCAGCUGUGAACACAAUUAUUUUAAGACAGAAGUCCAUAUUACGUAACUUAAUAUUGUGUUGGUUAGACAUAGAGAGUUUUACUGAUAAUACAAAAUUAAUUAAUUCACGAUUAGGAAAUCCAGGGAAAACAGCAGAUGUAGCAUAUAAGCAAAACUGGUCAUAAAAUUGAAGCUAUUCAGCACCAGAUACACUUUACUAGCUGCGUGAGUGUAGUAGUAAAGUGUGUAGUAAAGUUUUACUGUUUACUGUAAGCUUGUGGAAUAAGGUAAUGCUGGAGUUUGAAUUGGGUAAUAUAGUCUCCAUGCAAACAAAAUCUAAUUGGAUUCUGCUGCCCUCUGCAGCAACAGGCUCUGUGGGGCCUCAGAGGAAGUUCUGAAACUGCUGCAGUUAGAAGCACUUUCUCUGGGAUGCCAGUUGGUCACUGCACUGUGAUUUUUAAGCAAGCAGACCAGCUCUUGGGCAUUGAUUUGCUACUGAGUGAAGCCCUGUGUAUCUCAGUGGUGAGUCUGCUGGAUCCUUCUCUGUAACCUCAGGGCUGGGAGGCUUCAAGAAAUGCAGCCAGGAUCCUUCUCCUCUGCAGGGACUUUGCUAACACACUUAGUUGUCAGCAGUCAAAGUAUUGUAACUCUCCCUUGGGUUGGGAGGAGUGGUGAUGAUCCAGCAGUGAUCCACUCAGGCAGCAUCACCUGCUUUUUCUUUUUUCCUCUAUGACUCAAUAUAAUCUGCUGCAUCUUCGAUAUGUAUGCAUUUUAAUAUGUGCAGACAUCUACAACAGUCCUUUAGCAGACUGUUUAGCUGUGUAUGUUGAGAGCUGGAGCAUAUGCUUGCUGUCCCCAAAAUUCAGUUUUCAUAGUGAAGCCUUAUAUUACUGAUAAAUCACAUGACUUGGUUAUUUUAUUUCAAAACUAAUGGAGACUGCUAAUCUUCCUAGUUUAUAAGGCAGCUUGGAAAGGGUCUUUUUAGUGCAAGGCAUGUUCCUUUCCACUGUAUUUGUCAGUCAGCUCCCACAGAAGUGAACUGAUCUUAGACCUCUGAAGUAUCCUGACUUCUAGAAAACUUUCCAAAUCCUGACUUAAACAGGUUUCCCAUUCUGGUAAGGUAGAUAAUCUUCAAUGGGAGGGAUGGGGCAUCUUCUAAGGCCUUCUAAGCUCUGUUCCUUUGCCUUGGGGCAAAGGAAUAGAGCCGAACUGGAACUAGAGUGUAGGAAUACAAGUAUAUAACUUUUUUUUUUCAUGCCCUAUUAAACAUAUUUCAUGGAAUUGUGGUAGAGAAAGAAGUAAUCAUGGUGAGCAGCACCCCAUCCCUGGAGCAUAGCUGAGCACUAUCUUCCCUUACACAAUGAACCCAACUGAAACUAUGCUCUCAGCCAGUAGCAGGUCCCCUAUCUGCUAAACAGCAGGACCAAGCAUCCCACUUUUUUUGUCCAGUAGCUCACACUUACCUUUCUCAGUUUAAAAGACUUGGUGGUGUUCAGUGCCCAUGUGUUGCAUUGGCUGUCCUGGAUGUUUGGGUGCUGCAGCUUGCUGUAGUGGCUCAUGUGCUUGUAGCUCGCUUGGCAAUGUGAUUAACCUCUCUUGGGAACCUUCAUGUGAGAGAAAAGAGGAAAAACAUACUGUCUUAAAAAAGAACUAACACAUAAUGCAAGUGUUUUUCUCUGUGUGCAGUCGGUUCAUGGCUAAAAAGUUAAUCUGUCCACAUUAGUUCAGCAUCAUUGUUGCACAUGGUCAUAAUUGCUGUAUGACAGCAAGUCAGGCUCGUGUUGAUUUGUCUUCUUAGGUUCUGCUUGUGUCUUACCCCACUUCUGAGCAGUAAGAUAGUAAGAAAUGGUUGGGCUUCAUCUGAUGUGGUGGUAGUUAAAGCUAGAUAAAGAAACUGUUUAUGGUAUGAAGUUUCUUCACGGUGUUAUUGCUAGUGAGAUAUGCAUCUGCAUUCAACUGUUAGAUAAAAAUGUUAUCUCAGAAGCAUUCUGCUGCUGGAGUAGGUAUGGGCAGGGAUGCAAAGCAAGGUGGGAACCCAGCUGUGAGCUAUUUGUGCUAUGCUGACAUUGAGCUCCCACUCUUGGGUAGCUCUCUGUACUACAUAGGCUUAGCUACUGGUGACUCCAGCUGCUUCUCUAGGUGCAGUCAGAGUUCUGUUCAGCUCUGCCAUUCACACACAAGAUAGGAACACUCGUCUCUCACCUAAUAGAGGAUGCCCUCACGUUUUUGGCAGCUGGGAGCAGGCAGAAGUGAAAGCACACCUCGGCGCUGGCGUGGGCUGGGCCCUGGCGUAAGCAGGAAGUUGAUGCAGUCAACCAGCAGCAGGAGGACAAGGUUAAUAUAGUCAGGAACUGACAUAUAAUUAAGUAUAAUUUUGGAAAAAAUGAGAUUAUAGUCCACUGCUAUAAAUGAAUGAUCAUCUGGAAAAAGAAGGAUGACAAGAUAAGAGGCUUUGGGUCUUUUAACACCUAAACUGAAGCACAGUUUCCAUGGCCUGUGAGGAGCUCACUGGUGUCUCGGGCAUCUUUAUGCGCCAGAACUCUGCUAAUGCUGUUUCUCUGGACUUCGAACCCGACAUUCACUACAAGUUUGUGGAAACCUUAGAAGAUCGUUACAAAUGUGCCUAUUGCCACUUAGUCCUUCACAAUCCCCACCAGACAGGAUGUGGGCACCGGUUUUGCCAGCAGUGCAUUCUCACUUUGCGAGGACUGAAUGCAGUACCCACCUGUCCUGUCGACGAAGAAACAAUAAAAAUGCACGAGGUGUUCAAAGACAACUGUUGCAAAAGAGAAGUUCUCAACUUGUACGUGUUCUGCAAAAACUUCCCUGACUGCAAUUCCAAAAUAAUUCUGGGGCGGUAUCAGGAACAUCUUCAGCAGUGUUUGUUUGAAAGUGUGCAAUGCACUAAUGAUGGAUGCUGUGAUCAGAUCCUUCGGAAAGAUCUGAAAGAUCAUUUGAGUCAGCACUGUAAAUUUCGAGAAGAAAUUUGUCAGUACUGUAAUAAGUAUGUGGUGUUAAUGAACAUAAAGAAUCAUGAGGAAAAUGACUGUCCUGAUUAUCCCAUGCCUUGUCUCCAAAACUGUUCACAGAUCAUUCUGAAAAAGGAGAUUGAAAAGCAUCACACUGUGUGUCCUGAGACUGAAGUGGACUGCCCAUAUAAACAGUAUGGCUGUCUUAUAAAGGUGAAAAGAGGGAAACUUGCUGAACAUGAAAAUAGUGCCCUGCGGGAACACAUGCUGCAGAUUUUAGACAAGAAUUCUAGAUUGGAGGAACAAAUAUCGGACCUGUACAAGAGCCUGGAAUGUAAAGAGAUUAAAAUCCAGCAGCUAGCAGAGGCUGUUAAAAAGUGUGAGAAAGAAUUCAGGCAGUUUACACAACUGUUUGGUAAAAACAGCAAUUUGAUGGUAAGCACACAGGCUCUUGCCAGUCAUCUGGAUAAGUCUGCACGACUGGAAUCGCAGGUGAAACAGCUAAUACAGAUGGCAAACCAGCAACAAAGUAAAUUAGACUUGAGACCUCUGUUUGACACAAUUGAAAAUGUAAAACAGAAGAUUGCCCUUAUGGAGACAUAUGAUCAGCGAUUAGCUGUUUUGGAAAGUCAGUCCAGCAAACAUGAUCUCCAGAUCAAUAUUCACAAAGCACAGCUCAAUAAAAACGAAGAGCGGUUUAAGCUUUUGGAAGGCACGUGCUACAACGGGAAGUUAAUUUGGAAAAUCACAGACUAUAAGAUGAAGAAAAAAGAAGCAGUGGAAGGUCGCGUCCUCUCCAUCUUCAGCCAGCCCUUCUACACCAGCCGCUGUGGGUACAGGCUGUGUGCCCGAGCCUACCUGAAUGGGGAUGGCUCAGGCAAGGGAACGCAUGUCUCACUCUACUUUGUUGUCAUGAGAGGCGAGUUUGACUCACUGUUGCCAUGGCCCUUCAAGCAGAAAGUUACACUUAUGCUUUUGGACCAAACUGGGAAAAAAAAUCACAUUGUGGAAGUCUUUAGAGCUGACCCCAAUAGCAGCAGUUUCAAAAGACCCGAUGGAGAAAUGAAUAUUGCCUCUGGUUGUCCACGCUUUGUGCCACACACGGUUCUGGAGAACACAAAGAAUACCUAUGUGAGAGAUGACACUCUGUUUCUGAAAGUAGUUGUGGAUUUAACUGAUCUGGAGGAAUUGUGAAGAAAAAAAGUAUCCAAUCAGUGUGACUGCUUUAAUUUUUAUGAAAUGCCUUCUUGGUGACCACUAGCCAUGCAAUAGCGAACUCCACCAGCCAGCUACUGAUGUGUUUCAAGGCUUUUGGACCAUGUGGCAGAUAAUGAAUUGCCAAAAUAUCAGCCUUUGUUUUUUAACCAUUUUUUUUCAAGCCUGCAGCUUCAAGGCAGCUGUGAGACCAGUCUGAUGUGAACAUGCAUUCAAUCCAGUGCUUUGACUUGGCUCAGUAAGGGCUGGGUGUGAAUGCUUGGCUUACAUCACAGGACUAGUGACUUAGGAUGAAAAUCCUCCUAUGAGCUGUUGGAAGCCCAGGCAGGCCUGUGGGCUCCACUACUCACACCAAUGCACAUUUCACUUGUCUGAAAUGGAACCAUUUCAAUAUUAGCUCGUUCAAAUCAAUGUAUCGUAAGCCCUCAAUCUCCUGGAUUUUUGAAGCAGUGAGAAAGGGGUUCAGCCAGACACUUGUCAGGGAUCUUGCAUACUUUCUUUUGUUAAAGUAUUUUUUACCAGGAAUUCCAGAGCACGAUACCAAUGCCUCUUACUUUUCUAGCCUGAUAUUUCAGCUGUACAGAAGGUCACAAAACGGCUGCGGUAACAUCUUUUUCAUUCCUGCCUAGUGCCUUGGGACUGAUUUCCACUGGUGAUCAACAUCCACAGUCCCCACCUGAGGUCAAAAGUAGCCACAUGACUUUCUCACCUCUCAGGAUAUGGCCAUAAGAUACUCAACUGCCAGCUCUUCCUUUUGGAAGAAAGGGGACAAAAUUCUUCUGUUUGCCCUUCCAGGUGCAUUCCUUUGGCCUACCAGCUCUACAAGUGGCAGGAAGAGCCCUGGUUAUUUGUUUGGGAAACACCUCGGAUAACAUGCACUGUUCUCCCUAGAAAUUUGGAAUUUGGGGAAUGAAGGGGGAAAUAGACAAGGAAAUGAAGUUCCUAUUGGAACCCAGGAUUCACGAGUAGUGCAGCUUGAGCAUUUGUUAUAAGGAGUGAGAGCUGCUGAGCAAUUACUGCUAACUAUUAAAUACUUAGGAAGAUCUUCACUUUUAUCCUAAGUUCUCUCCAUAUUGCAAGGGAACAAUGGCAUUUUAUUGGAGACACACUAAGAACGCCAAGAUCAGGCACCAAGCAACAAGAAGCAAAGAACACACAGUGCCUUUUAAAAGUCUUUCGGGUGCUUGGAGGAUGGAAGUAAUUUUGCACACUCCAUCAUUUUGUUAUUAGAAGUGACAGAAUUUUUGUGUCUCAUCUCCUACAGAUCAGGUAGUGAAACAGCAAGAUUUUAUCCACUGCUCCUGCAGCCCAUUGGCAGAAUAAAGCUGCAGCUUCUGAAAAGGAUGGCAUGAAAUCAAGCUGGAUUUAGAGUAAGAGUAAACAAGGCAGGAUAAAAGCCAAAAUGGGGCACAGACCCAUUAAGGUAUAAGGUAGAAAAUUCAAGAUGGCAAACAUGGCAGGAUGGAAAUCGACACUUCUGUGCAGAAUGAUACAAUAUGAUUUGGUGAUUGACACUAAGAUGAAGGCAAAAUACCAAUAUUGUAUAUCUGGGAGCUCACUGCUAUAGGCAUUUACUUUUCCAUGCAGUUUCUAGAAUGUAAAUCAGACAAAUACUUUCAGAUUUGGAGGUGGAGUGGGGGAGAAGCCUUAGUGAUCUGUACAUCACAGUAAGGUAGCACACCUGGAAGUUUUCCAUCCGAAGUCCUUUGUGUUGUACCACAUCUGCAUCUGAUGGGCACAUAAAGGUUUUCAUAGUGACCAGAGAGAUGAUGAAGGUCCGAUUUUGUUCUUUUGUAUCACCACCGUGACUGACUUUACACUCCAUGUAGUGGAGGGAAGUGGGCCUUGUGUCCUGAAUGCUUUUUGUUACAGAAAGAGGAAGCUUGUUUGAAAGAUACUGUGGGAUAUGGAUUCUGAGCCGCUGCUGUGGACUUCAUAUUGACUGAUACUUUCAAAGGUAUAACCAAGUGGUGUCAGCUGCAGGGCCUUGGACUGUCCUGUGUGUGAAGUGUAAAAUGAAAGGCUAAAGACCCUGGAGAACUGAAGUAGGAUGGAAAGGACUCGCUCUGUAUCCAGAUGAAUAACAGACCUCUCUGCCUCCAUACCCCAAGUAUAAAAUGGGGAUAAUAAUACUUGUGGAAGUGUUAGGACUAUUUAAAUGUUUGUGAAGAGUUUUGAGCAUGAGAAGAGCUAAGUAUUAUUGGAACUCCAUUUCUAGUUGUUGAGUUGGUGAUGGCGUAGUGGUGUGGGUGUGUGUUAGUGUGCGGCUGGGACAGUGCUGGAAGCGUGCUCAGCUUUGGGCGGGCUGUGCCUGUGUUGGCUUCACCUUGUUGCCAUCAGCAUUCCUUUCAAGAUUCUGAAGCACAAAUGACUCACCCUGGGCGACAGAAACGUCCCCGUUGGAGCACUGCCUGUUUUAUAAUGAAUAUACUGCGAAAACUACUUCUUUUCUAGCGCCAUCUUAUUUGAACUGGUUUCUUUUGUUACAAUAGUUUUGUGUCAAGAUUUUCAGCGAUUUUUACUACUUGUGAGCUGCGUUUUAAAUUUCAUCUCAUUCCCAAUCGCUGUCUAGCAUGAGCACUGGGGAAGGGUUGCGUUGUUGCAUGAUAGAUACCAAAAAACCUUUCAAUAAUGUACCGGAUAAGCAACCAAAAGCGUGUUCUACAUCAGCACACGGUGUGCUUUUAUGUAGUCACCGACCGUUUGUAACUGUUUGAACAUCUCUUACUACAACGCGGGCAUUUUUCUAGCCAAACGUUAUAAGUGUAUACGCAAAAGCAGGGUUGGAAUAAAUAACGUUACCACCUUUCCAAA